GUAAACAUAAUAAAAGUUUUUGUUUAUAAGUUAAAAAUACAUUUAUUAUUGUCAAACGAAAUAUAAACAGAUCAUAAUUAACGCUCGUGACUAAAAAGAUCGAUAUCCGUUUAUUUUAUUUAUUUGUGUAUUAUUACAAUGGGAGAACAGGCGCAAAACGAAACCAGCAAUCUUGAUAUAUAUAGCGGUGGAGGUUCUUUUGAUAACCUAACAAUUUUAAAAGAGUUCAGCAAUAUUGCAAAUAUUAUAAAAAAUGAAGAUUUCUUGGAAACAGUACCUAAAGCAAAGCUCAGGCGAGUAAAAUGGGUUCCUAUGUUCAACUGCUUGAAACAAGGUAUAUUAGAUGAAAUGGUGCAAGAACUAAACACAAUGUGGACAUACGAAAAUAUAGCUAUGAAAUUGGAGGUCUUAGAAAAACAGAAAGAAAAGUUUUCAGAAAUGCAUUUGGACAAAAAACUGUGGAGGCCACAAUUGGAUGAUGUUAAAGCACAAUUAAAAGCAAGUGAUUGUGUUAAUUUACAAAAGCAAAAGGUAUUUUUAGAAUCUCUGGCCAAAGAAUAUGAAGCAAGGGUAACCAAAUUGAAGAAAACUAUUUCAGCUAAAAGAGGAUAUCUUAAAGCUUUACAAUUGGAUAUACAGAAAUAUCAAAGAAAAAAUGAAGAUUUUAUCAUUAAAAUUGAUGAUAAACUAGAAAAUCAUGAAAAUUUGAUCAAAUCAUUGAUACCAAAUAAGAUACCUGUAGAUGAAAUUGUUUGGUCCGAUAUUGAGUCUGAAAACAAUGAGUAAAUUGAUAAUGCACAGUUUUGAAUUAAAUUUAUAUAUUUCAGAAAAUUGUACACACUUGAGAAAAGUACAACGAAAUAUAUUUUGAACUAAAUUUUUUUCAGUGUGUUUACUAGUAUUACAAAUAGAUAAAAGGAGACAUUAAAAUGUUAAAGUGUUCAUUUUAAAGUGAUACUGACACCAAACCACAGAAAUCUGCCUUCUCUAUACAUACCUAAUUUGACUAUACUAUUAUACAUUUGGAUUGUCCUGAUAAAGAUAUUUUUUUAAUAAUUUUUGUAAGCAUUAUUUACUAUAUAAACAGAAAAAUUAUAGUUUAAAUAUAAUAUUGUUCAAAAUAUAAAGAAAAACAUAUUUUAUUAGUAAAAUACAUUAAAAAUAUUACAAUAGAGUAAUGAAAUAUUUAGAGAAUUUAAUGUUUCAUCAUUAUAAAUGUAUAUUAAAAUAAAACAAAAAUAAACCUCUUAUUGUAAAUAGUAAUUUAUUAAUGAAAAUCAUUGGACAAUGUUAACAUAGCUAAAAAUAAAAUUGUACAAUGCAUAAUCUGCAUAUAAUUUUAUAUUAUUUUAUAAUUACAGCAAUUGCACUAUGGUUGCGAGGAUUACACAUUCUACCACCUUCAAUAAUUAAUAUUAAUUCCAAGACUUGUCACUAUCUGCACUGUUAAAGCCUCAGAUGGGAGAUCAUGCCAAUAUUUUGUAUAAUUUUGUAAUAUACUACUUAUUUUUUAAGAUAAUACUGAGUGCAAAAUAAUAUUAAUGUCAAUGGAUAUUCACUCCUUAUACAUACAUUUACAAUUGGAUCCUAAAAAGGAUAUUAUUGAAAAGGUAAUGCAUUAAAUAGAAGUAACAUACCUAAGAAAAUAAAAGAAUGUAUAUUGUAUAUAAUUAGUACAUACAUAAUUAUAUACCAUAAUUUAUUGUGGAUCAUGGUGUAGGAGAUCACUAUACUGUCAUGGCAGAUUGUCAUGAUUUGCACAUUAGACAUUAAAUGCUGAAUCAAGAAAUUAUGUUUCAUCAAGCAAGACUUACAGAAAAAUUUACUGUAUCACAUACUUAGAUAAAAUGUUACUUCUAUUUGAUGUGCUAACCAUUUUUAUUUCUAUGACAUACAUUUAGUGUUAGUGAUAGUGGUGACAAUUUUUCAAUAACAUUACUAGUGAGUGAAUGUGAUGUUAGCUUUAGGCCAGCUCUACAACAGGACUAUUUUAUUUUGUGGAAAUAAAUAAAACUUAAUAAUAAUUUUUAUAAGUCAUCAAUGACUUUAAAAAUAACAACAAUGUGAGACUAUAUAGUUGCUUAAUUUUGAAGUAUUGCCUAGUAAAAACUAAAAUUUUCAAAUUAACCAAUUAUCGUCACCUAUACGACCUAUACAUACUUUACAUUUAUAGGCACAUUAGUUAUAGAAUAAACAAAGCAAAUGUGCUUCCGAUCCACUACAACUUAGUAAGUAGUAUUUAUGAAAAGGUAAUGACGCUUUAGUCCAAUGCCCGCAUCUUUAAGAUCACUCGCCAUUCUUCAAACUCUAAAUUAACGAAAUAAUUUUACUACAACAUCAACAUGUUAGAAUAACACAACAAGAUAUAAUAUGCUCUAAAAAGGCUGUGUUUUAUCAGGGAUCGAAAAAGCAAUAGUCACCGAGGCAUCGCCGAAUAGUCCAUGUCUGCUCAAUAUCGACAAAAUGUAGAACUAAAUUCAUAAAUUAAUAUCACUCACAUUUAAUAAUAAAAUUAAAAAUAAGAAGGCACAAGCAAAUUGAUAAAUAAUUUUAACAAUACACGACAUAUUAUUCGGCUAUGUCCAAUGACCACACUAAACAUAACAAUUAUAGUACAUAAUAUAAUUAAUUAUUUGUAGCAUUCCUCUCACUGUGCAGCACACUGGAUCCCAAACGUCAGUUAUUUCUUUUUUGGCGGUGAUCGCUGAGGUGUAGCCGGCCUUCCGCUGUUGAGGCCA